AUGUUCUCAGUGCGCUUCGCCCGCUCUGCUCUGAGAGCACGGCCCGCCGCCUUCAGAGUUCCAAUUCAGCAGAGAACAUAUGCGCAAGCCGUCGCCGAGAAGUUACGGCUCUCUCUAGUUUUGCCGCAUGAGACUAUCUACAAAUCCGCCGAUGUUGUCCAAGUGAACAUUGCCGCAGAGUCCGGAGACAUGGGUAUUCUCUCCAGCCACGUUCCCAGCAUCGAACAGUUGAGACCCGGCCCCAUCGAGAUUAUCGAAGAAAAUGGCCAGACCAAGAAGUUUUUCCUUGCUGGCGGUUUCGCCGUCGUCCAGCCCGACUCCAACCUCAGCAUUAACGCCGUCGAAGGUUUCCCUCUUGAAGAUUUCAGUGCUGAUGCUGUCAAAUCUCAAAUCGCUGAAGCCCAGAAGGUCGUUGCCAGCACUGGAAGCGAACAAGAUAUUGCGGAAGCUAAGGUUGAGUUAGAGCGUUAUCUACGCUUCGGCCUGAUUAUUGCCCCUACGAUCUCACUACAGUUUUCGUAA